GUAUAAAACUAGUAUUAUAUCGAAUAUUAAAUUAGAAAGGAUUAUUUUAUGUUAAGUCAAGUUAAGGAAAUAAAGGAAAUGAGUGUUGGAAACAAAUUGAGUCAGAGGUUGCUAUUGUCAUAUUGUUCAUUUACUUGCAUUUACUUUCCUGGCAUCCUGAUAUUACUCAAACUGAAUGAUAAUUUAUAUAAUGUGGGAAAAUAUAAAUUUAUUCCAGUGCUAUUGAUUCUGCUUUUCGCAGAAGUUAUCAAGUUAUUGUUCCCGAUGUUUCAUUCUGAAUCAAUGCUUAUACCAAAAACUGAAUUAAGGACAUCUUCAAAAGCUAGAAGAGCAUGGUCUAGAUAUCUAAAAGAAAUUUUCAAAUUUUUAUUAGCUGGUUUUCUUUUAUCUAUUGUGUAUUAUAUUGUAAUUAUACUAUUUGGUGCACCAGUGUUCAUGCAUCAUGAAGAAACUACAAUGCUCACUGCCACAUUGACUACCCUUACAUUUGUUCCUGCAAGUUUGCAUUUAGGAGUAGAUGGUGCAUUAGAAAUUAUAACUGGAGCACAAUCACAAAAAGGCAAUGUUCUAGUGGAUGCUAUAAAAACAAAUAUACAAGCUACUCUUUUAGGUACAUGGUUAGGUGCUAUUGUAAUUCCAUUAGAUUGGGAUCGACCAUGGCAAGUUUGGCCAAUUCCAUGUGUUCUAGGUGCUCUUCUUGGCUACACUGUUGCACAUUUUAUUACUCUAGCAAAAACAUUACCUAUGUUAAGAUUAGGUAAAAAGAUUCACAGAUAA